UUUGCAAUAAAUACAAUACCUGGGCAGUCCACUGUCUCACGCCUGGAUUCUGCAAAUAUUUUGAUAAUUAGCCUUGUAGAAGGCUCGUCCCCCAAAGAUGUUCGCUUCCAAGCGACUAGGUAAGGAGCUCAUCAAGGUACCUACACACAUCCUCACAGCUAUUUCCGUUCUUUCUUCGCCCCCGCCCAGUCCCCAUGCACAAUACCAACGGCGUUGAGGCUUUCCACCUUAUCCUGCCAGCCCUCCACUCAAAGCACCCAAAGCUCACAUCCCAGGUAGAUGCAAGACCAUGUCCCCCCGGGGAUAUCAAUCGCAAAGGCCGACGGGCUCGAUGAAUGGCAAAUGGACAUUAAAGUUCUUGACGACAAUCCGCUCUAUCAAAACCAAACGUACCGACUAAAAUUCACAUUCGGGUCAAAAUACCCAAUUGAACCCCCAGAAGUUCAAUUUAUCGAGAGCACCGCCCCAGAGACACAACGCCCGAUUCCCAUCCACCCGCACAUCUACAGCAACGGAAUCAUAUGUCUAGACCUCCUCAGUUCCGCCGGAUGGUCGCCCGUCCAGACAGUCGAGAGCGUCUGCAUUAGUAUCCAAAGCAUGUUGACUGCGAAUACCCGGAACGAACGUCCACCAGGCGAUAGCGAUUUCGUCUCAUAUAAUCGGCGCCGGCCGCGGGAUAUCAACUUCCUUUACGAUGAUGAUAAUGUGUAGUUUGAUGCAAGAUGGUAUAUCUGGCAAACGGUCACCUCAACAAGUCAUGAAAGAGAAAUCAAAUGUCCCCCCAGACUCAAAAUGGUCGAAUUCACCUUUUUGUCAUUUCGACAUUCUAG